CCCACCCAAGUUUCACACAGGCUCCGACUAAAUCUGACCCGACCCGGUAAAACUAAUCCCAAAUUUUACUCCGUCUUGAACGCAUCAAAAAGCCAGAAAUUGUCUUCCUCCAAUCUCGCAUUCUUUCGCUUUCCAUAACCCCCAAAUCGAUUUCGUUGAUUUUGGGAAAACUUCUCGAAAGAUGAAGCUAAUAGACGAUAAGGAGAUUGACGACGGAGAGGUUACGAUGAACGGAGGUCGAGAAAUGGAGACGGCAGAGCACGAGCGAGAGGAGAUAUCGUCGCCGCCGUGUUCGUUAGUGAUCGAAGAGUUUCCGUUGAAGAGAUCGAUCGUUGUAGGUUAUGCUCUUACAUCGAAGAAGAUUAAGAGCUUUUUGCAACCAAAACUCGAAGGUUUAGCUAGGAAUAAGGGGAUAUUAUUUGUGGCGAUAGAUCAGAAGAGACCACUUUCAGAGCAGGGUCCGUUUGAUAUUGUGUUACAUAAGAUAUGUCUUGGGAACAUCCCCUACUCAGCAAAUUGGAAAAGAAUGGCGCCUCAUUCUUGAGGAAUAUAGGCUAGGACAUCCAGAUGUCACAGUUCUUGAUCCUCCAGAUGCAAUACUACAUCUCCGUAAUCGUCAGUCAAUGCUUCAGUGUGUUGCGGACAUGAAUCUGUCUGAUAGUUAUGGACGAGUGGGUGUGCCCAAACAACUGGUAAUUAAAAGGGAUGCAUCCUCAAUCCCCGAGGCUGUCAAUAGAGCUGGGCUGAGACUACCUCUUGUUGCAAAGCCUCUGGUUGCUGAUGGAAGUGCAAAGUCACAUGAGCUUUCAUUGGCUUACGAUCAGCACUCCCUUCUGAAGCUCGAGCCUCCUCUUGUUCUUCAGGAGUUUGUUAACCAUGGAGGUGUUCUUUUCAAAGUUUACAUUGUUGGGGAAGCUAUUAGAGUGGUCCGGCGUUUCUCCCUACCUGAUGUCUCCAGACGAGAACUCUCCAAAGCAGCUGGUGUAUUCCAUUUCCCCCGGGUCUCUUGUGCUGCAGCUUCUGCUGAUGAUGCAGAUUUGGACCCAAACAUCGCUGAGCUUCCGCCACGUCAAUUGUUGGAGAGACUGGCAAAGGAACUCCGUCGUGGAUUAGGUCUAAGGCUGUUCAAUUUAGACAUAAUUAGAGAGCAUGGGACAAGAGAUCAAUUCUAUGUAAUCGACAUUAACUAUUUCCCAGGAUAUGGGAAGAUGCCAGAGUAUGAGCAUGUAUUCACUGAUUUCUUAUUGAGUGUGGUGCAAAGCCAAUGUAAGAAACGAGCCUUGGCAGAUCAAUACUAACUCGAGGGAGAGACCAUUGUCCCUCCCCAAAGAAAAAAAAGCAAAAAAAGAAGAAGAUUGGUCUAUGCAAUUGUCUUGCAACCAUUAUUACUGUACAGGACAAAGCACUGAUUCCCUCGAUGCUUUUCUUUAGCUUCAUUGUGCUGUACUAAGAACAAUGGGAGAUUGCACGAAAAGCAAAAAAAAUUGUCUGAAUCUCAAGAUAAUGUCUCCCAUGUGAGAAAGUGAAGAGAUCCUCCUUACCUUAUGUCACAUAACUACUCUUUCACUUUGUGACUGCUCCUCUAUCAUGAUUUGCUUGGCUUUGUACUAUGCUGACCUUAAUAUCCUUUGCGUUGGUUUUAGUCUGUUACUUUGUUUGAAGCUCAAAACUCUCAAAUUGGUUUAAUUUAUUUGUCAAAUACAAUAAAACUUGAUCAGUUUUGGA